AUGGCCCCCGGAGUAGAAGAAGAAAGACAAGAAAUUGAUCAAUCAUACGCAGAUCAUAGCAUUGUAUAUGAAAAUAACGAUCUUACUAGUAGCAAGAAGAAAAAGAAGAAGAAGACUCCUCGAUCAGCUUCAUCCAAGAAGAAGACGAAGAGUAUAGCUACGUCAUCAUCCAGCAUGUCCCUGCACGAUUGGAAUGUGGUAGAGAAACCAACCAACGACUCGAGCAGCGAGUUUUCAGAUGACGAGUACCAAACGGAUCUGUUGGAAGAAGCACAAGAACAAAUCAAACGCAUUGACCACAUUAUUGCCAGCAGCGUUUGCAAAAAGAGCAUCUGCAGCAGCAGGGAUAGCCUUGAUUCCUGCAGCGACUUUGACAAUGAUGAUGAUGAUAAUGAUGUCGUGGAAGUAGCUGAAGUAUCGGUGGUGAUUGAGAAUCCUCCGAGCAGUGGUGACACUAGCGACUUUGAAGACGACGAUGAUGAUGAUGAUUUGGAAGAAUUAGAAGCUUCGUGCAUUGAGGAUGGCGUUGUAGUAGAGGAGGAGGAUGGUGUUGUCGUCGUUCACGAAGACGACCUUCCAAACCUGCUCGACAAAUUCGCAAUCGGAGACAAGCCAAACAACAAUGCGGAGAUUGCUAUUGGCAAAGAACCUCCAUAUCUAGGACUAACAAUGCGGCAAAGAACGCAUCUCAAGAGAAAUAAUAGCUUGAUUCCAUCCGGCAUCGAAGGCCGAACAAAAUAG